AUGCCAAACGAUGCAUCUCACUAUCCUCUGCAACGAGAUGCUCUGGGUUCAAUCCGCCUAAAUCUCCAACACCAACUCUGGCUCGCUUCCACUCGCAGCCACCUCCAUUCCUCCAUCCCAGUAAAAGAAAAUGCCCUGAUCGCAGACAUCGGCUGCGGCACUGGGAUUUGGUCCACCUCGCUGUCUUCUCUCCUCCCACCCGGCGCCGUGAUCGAGGCUUCGGAUAUCAGUCUCGCCAAUGCCCCUCCUGCUGGAUUCUGGCCUGAGAAUGUGACGUUUCGAGAAUUGGAUAUUUUCACUGAUGCUUUGCCGGAGGAGUUGUUGGAGAGGUAUGAUGUUGUGCAUAUCCGAUUGUUUUUGUGUGUGAUUGCCUCUGGAGAUCCGAUCCCGUUGUUGAAGAAUUUGAUGAAGUUGUUGAAGCCAGGCGGGUGGUUGCAAUGGCAGGAGUAUGAUGGGAGCUAUGAAGUGCAGAGAGUUGUGACGAAUGAUCCAGGUACUGCGGCUCCGAAGCUCAUGGCAUUGAAUACUGCGAUUCGGUCACCGCAGAACAAUAAGCAUGUCGAGACUUCGAGGUGGGUUUCUACGCUGCAUGAGAGGUUUGGAGAGGGAGGAGCGGAAUUGGUGGAGUAUGAAAGGUGUUGGACGGCCAAGGAGGCAUACACGAUCAAGCAGGACAUUACCUUUCUCGUGGUGCGAGAGUUCAUCGUUGGUAUGCGGACUAAAGGGCCUGAGCAGAGUAAGAUGGCGGAUGCGCUGGAGAAGAUGACGGCGGAAGCCGAGGAAGAGUGUUGGGCCACUGGCAGAGGCACUCUGAUCGAUACGCCAAUGCUGACCUGGGUCGCGAGGAAGCUCUGA